GUCUGCAUCAUCUCUCUCUUAAGCUGUGACACAAAGUAACUAUCGUAUCUAACGUAUAUAAGAAAAGAGAGUGAUCGUCCAUCCAUCUUUACCAAUCCAACUAACCUCUCUUCUCAAGGAAUCUUUAUCGUCUGCAAUUGUACUUAUUAUUAUCAAAGUUAUACGUGCUACCAGUAUUUUACUACUGCUUUCAUUGAAGAGUAUACUAUACAUAACUUUCGAAAUGACGAAACAACUUGCUCCCGGCGCCCGACUGGAAGGGAAGGUUGCUAUUGUUACUGGAGGCGGAUCUGGUUUCGGCGCCGCCAUCGCGCAGCGCUUCGCCUCCGAAGGAGCCAAGGUCAUCGUGGCGGAUAUCAGUGUCGAAGGGGGCCAGAAGACGGCCGCCGCCGAUCCGGAAAAUAUUGUGUUCGAGCAGAUGGACGUGACCAAGGCAGCGGAUUGGAAGCGCAUUGUGGAGAAGGCGGUGUCGUUGUUUGGAAAGUUGGAUGUGUUGGUGAAUAAUGCGGGGACGACGUAUCGGAAUAAGCCGACGCUGGAAGUCACCGAGGACGAAUGGGAGCGCGUGUUCAAUGUGAACGUCAAGGGAGUUUAUCUGGGCAGUCAGGCAUUCGUGGCUCGGGUGAUUGAGCAGGGCCAGGGCGGGUCGAUCAUUAAUAUCUCGUCGACGGGAGCGUCGAGACCUCGGCCUGGGUUGGUGUGGUAUAAUGCGUCCAAGGGGGCAGUUUCGAAUGCUACCAAGGGUCUGGCGGCUGAGUAUGGACCGCAUAAUAUCCGUGUCAACUCGGUCGCUCCCCUUCUGUCGGCUACGCCGUUGUUCUCCGUGUUCACCGGAAUGGAAAAUACGCCGGAGAACUGGGAGAAGUUCAUUGGAAAUGUGCCGUUGGGUCGUCUCUCGGAGGGGAGUGACAUUGCGAACAUUUGUCUGUAUCUGGCCAGUGAUGAGGGACGGUUCAUCAACGGGACGGAGAUGGUCAUUGAUGGUGGAAAGUGUAUCUGA